ACAUUUGAGUUUUUUAAAUUUGGCAACAAUUUAUGCAUCGAUUUCGUUUUAUUUUGUCCCUAUCUAGUGACCUCUGUUGGUUUUCUAGAAGAUAACUUUGUCCAUCGUUAUUUAAAAAUUAGUAAUGGCGCUUUUACGCCAGAGUGUAAGAAAUCCUCUGCGUUUGUAUCAAGCGACAUGUGUUGCCUUUAGGAUGAAAUCUGAUGAAAAACUCCCUCACUAUAUUGAGCAUGCUACUGGAAUAGAACGGAAGGAGUUACUGGCUAGAGCUGCCGGGAAUGAUGAUCCUUUUGGUAUGAAAGUUAUGAAACGAGGUCCUGGUACCAAGGAUCAACCUAAUUUGGUUCCUUCAUUUGAAGAUAAAAGAAUAGUAGGCUGUAUAUGUGAAGAAGAUUCCACAGUUAUCAACUGGAUUUGGGUCCAUCGAGAUGAACCGAAGAGAUGUGGUUGUGGAUAUUGGUUCAAAUUAGUAGAUGCUAAACCAUUGUAAACAAAAUUUUUUCAUUUCAGGUUUAAAGAUGAAAAUGAUUUAACAGUUUAGAUUUCAAUAUCUAGUUCCAAAAUGUUGCAUAAACAACAUGUAAUGUAAUGUAUUGGCGUCUUUCUAGCAUUAAAUGUUAAUUCUUAUGAAUUC